AUGGCCUACCAACCGACUUGUCCCACGGCUGCCGUCCAACGGCCUCAGACGAGCACCGGCCCCAGUAACGACAGCCCACCGCCACCAGUCCCCUCAAAGGACAUCAACAGAAGCAAAAACAAGAUGUCCUUCUCCGAACACAAGGCCCAGCAGGUACCAGGUUCCACCAGUUCGGACUGCGAUACCGUCAAAAUACGGCCCUCGAAAGUCACUCCUAUCGGUAACAACAAAAAUGGCAACAUCAACCACAACGACACAAACCAGAACCAGGACCAGGAUCAGAAUAUUAACCGGAUCAUGCGAGACAUCAAGCGACCACCUCCCGGAGACGUCACCGUCGCGACUGGGCCCAAGCAUUCAGAGCAGAAACUGUCGAGUUCAUCAUGCUCAUCCUCAAAGCAGACAUCAGUGGCGGAACUCAAGAGGCAAAAGAGUACUCUCAACUUUUGGGAGAGCGCUUUUUCUUUUAACGAGGUUAGUCCGGCCAAGGAGCGGAUACGCGGUGAUGCCCUGGUUAUGGCGGAGGUUAAGACGAAUGUGAUUAUAAGCGACGAGUUCACAUUCAUAACGGAGCUUACAUAUCACCUCUCCUCCCGGUACAAGCGCCCAGUGUCCUCUAUCGUCGUCACCCUCCACCACGGCGCCUGCAUGUUAUUCGGCGGUACAUUUGACCCGGCAUAUGUGGUUUCCGUUUCGACCUUACCGAGCCAUCUGCAGUCGACCACGAAUAAGCGGAAUGCGGCGCUGAUUCAGAAGCAUAUGGAGGAGGCGAUCGGGGUAAGUCCGGCGAGGGGACUGUUGAAGUUCAUCCCUGUGGCGGAGGAUUGUUUGGCGAACGGCGGGAUGACAGUGAGUGGGGAGAUGGAGAUGGCUGAGAAAGGAAUUGUUUUCGAGAGCGCUGGUUGCGACGGAGUGCCAUUGUCGAAAACCAUUACACCAGGAGCAGGUGCUGAAGAGAGGGGGAGUAUUUUGUUGUCGAAGAAGUCAAGGGGAAGGUUGAAGCUUGAUGUGAAGAAAUCACUAGCCAAUUUCAGACAAGCAACCACCGCCCCUGAACCAGAGCCAACAGACCUCUGUCGUACCCAACAAACUCAAACCAAAGCUCAAACCCGUAGCCACGACAGCCAUCGUCAACGACAUGGACAACUCACACCACCCACCAGCGCAGAGGAUUAUCUUCUCCCCAUUCCCGAACGAUUGAGCUCCCACUGCUCACCACAACGAAGUGGGGGGAAUUUACCAACAACAGAGACGCAGGGGAACUUUGACUAUCCUUCGGCUCCUACUACUAGUAGACUUGCCAAAGCUAACAACCCAGAUCCUCAACAGCAGCAUCAACAGCCGAAGAAACGGAAAAGCUUUGUUUCUACCAUCUUCAGUAGGCCUGGCUCGAGAGCUGAGCGGCGCGAGGAUGGUCGAAACACGGUGUUGCCUACGAUCAUGUCGGAGCGGAGUUUAUGA